AUUACGGCGCCUGGUAUGUUUACAAACCUUUGUUUAGUUCUUCUGUUGCGACUUGCCGGCUCGCUGGUUCCGAAAUUUCACUUUCAAUUAUCGGAAAAAAGCUAAAAAGAAGUCCCGGAGAAGGUCGAACAUAGUACAAUUUGGCAGAUGGCGUGACAGCUUUAGCUCAGCUCUAUGCUCUAUUUAACAAAUAGAUUCCAAGUUGCCGUGCGUCUGUUCAGUAAUAGAUCACAGAUGACGUCAAAAUGUGGUCUAAACGUGCUGUCAAGAGGAUCAGUGCCACUGACAAAAAAUGGACAGAAAUGAAGCCCCAGAUCUCUCUGACAUGGAAGAGAGAGAGCGCCUAAGAAUGGACCGUGAGCUAGAGGAAAUCAUUGGCAAGAUCAACCUUUUGCCCGAAGAUGAAAAGAAGCAAGAUAGAAGAGAUUUAAGAGAGCUUCGAGAGAAAACAGAGAAGAUGAAUUCCCACGCAAAAGAGACCAUUGAGAGCCUUCGUGCAGCGGCUAAGAAACUAGACGACGUAUGGAAGGACUGCAAGAUAUCUCAUUCUGUUGGAACCAGCGUUGGAAUACUGGGUGGGCUUCUUACAAUCGGUGGAGGAAUUGCAACAGUACUGACAGCAGGGGCUGCUACUCCUUUGUUGAUAGCAGGAUUGUCUCUUGGAGGCGCUGGAGCUGCUACAAACUUAGGGACUGCUAUCGUCGAGGCGGUGAUAAAUUCUGCUGAAAUCAAAGAGGCCGAGAAACACCUUGGUGAGACUAUAGACAGUGUUAACGAGGUAAACAGGAUUGUCCAGAAGGUUUUGAUGAUCAAGGAAAGAGCGAGGCUUAUUUAUAUUUAUUACCUUGCCAAGACCCUGGAGUUGGGAAGUCCUGUGGUCUUGAAGAUCCUUCGUGAGUUGGUGUUUCUCUCCGUAGGAACACCUACUAAAAUGGUAAUACAAGUAACAGAAAAGGUAAUGGCCUGUGCACAGGCAGCGAGUCAGGCCAGUGUGAAAGCUGCAACCCAGGGUGGUGCUCAAGGAGCGGGAAAGGCAGCUGCACAAUCUGUUGACGAUGUGGUACGAGCAACGGGUCAGGCUGGAGCUCAAGCUGCAGAUGACGUGGUCCAAGCAGGGGCUAGGGCGGGCUCCGAGGCAGUCGGUGAAGUUGUGGGUAAAGUCAUCAUUGCUGUCAAUGUUGCAUUCGUGGUGUGGGAUGCCAUAGACCUUGGCUUCACCAUCAGGGAUCUCGUUGAAAACAAGGGAUCUGAAGCUGCAAAAGUUCUGAGACAAAAGGCAGACAAACUCGAGAAUGUCAUGAAGGAGUAAAACUCAGCCAAAGGGAAGAGUUCGAAACGAUUUUCAAUGAUAAACAUAACAUUGAUCUGCGUUGAGGUGAACAUUUUUUACCAUGCAGUUAGUUGCAUUUGGCCAUUUUUGAUGAGGACGUUACCUCUUAGGACUGCAUUAACGGUAUAUUGCAAGUUUUCCAGGGGUGGAUCCAGGAUUUUGAGUGAGUAGUAUCCACCCGAGGACCCACUCCUGCUAGGGGGGUUCGG